UUUCAAGAAAGCAUUGUCCUCUCUUCCCCAUCCUAAUAAUAUCCCAGCGCCCCUUUUCUUUUCUCUUUUUCUCUCUCUCUCUCUCUCCUCUUUUUCUCUCUCUUAAUUACUUGCUUUCUCUCUCACCAUGGAAAACAUUGGUGAGGAGUACAAACAUUAUUGGGAAACAAACAUGUUUCUCCAAACUGAAGAACUUGACAGUUGGGGGCUAGACGAGGCAUUUUCCGGGUACUACGACUCGAGCUCGCCGGACGGGGCGGCGUCAUCGUCGGCGGCGUCGAAGAAUAUUGUGUCGGAGAGGAAUAGGAGGAAGAAGCUCAAUGAAAGGCUGUUUGCCCUUAGAGCAGUGGUCCCCAACAUUAGCAAGGUGACGACGACCCCAUUAGAAUAAAUAAUUCAU